AUGGCGCCGCGUUCAUACUCCAAGACCGCCAAGGUCCCGCGUCGCCCCUUCGAGGCCGCUCGUUUGGACUCAGAGUUGAAGCUCGUUGGCGAGUAUGGUCUCCGCAACAAGCGUGAGGUGUGGCGUGUGCUCCUCACCCUCUCCAAGAUUCGUCGUGCCGCCCGUGAGCUUCUUACUCUCGAUGAGAAGGACCCCAAGCGUCUGUUCGAAGGCAACGCCCUCAUUCGCCGCCUUGUCCGCGUCGGUGUCCUCGACGAGUCCCGCAUGAAGCUCGAUUACGUCCUGGCCCUGAAGGUUGAGGAUUUCUUGGAGCGCCGCCUCCAGACUCUCGUCUACAAGCUCGGCCUCGCCAAGUCGAUCCACCACGCUCGUGUCCUGAUCCGUCAGCGCCACAUCCGCGUCGGCAAGCAGAUCGUCAACGUUCCUUCUUUCGUUGUCCGUCUCGACUCCCAGAAGCACAUCGACUUCGCUCUGACCUCGCCGUUCGGUGGCGGCCGCCCUGGCCGUGUCAGGAGAAAGAAGGCCAAGGCCGCCGAGAAGGGCGACGGCGAGGAGGAGGAGGAGGAUGACGAGUAAAUUCCAGGAAUGAUACAUCAAGGGAAUGGUUGGGACUGCACGGAGCGGGCUACGAAAAUUGGUCUGGGCAGGGACUUUUGACCUCUGCAUCAUGCUCUUACGGCGUUUAUAGUCAGGGAGUGGGAAUGCAUCAAGAUUUGCACGUACAGUACAGCCCGCAGGUCACCAAUCAUUGAAACCUUAGUUCUCUGAAGCGCCGACCGCAAUGACCCAUAUGUCGACUGUCGCAGACAGAUGUGGAAUGAUGGGUGCCGACCUAGAAUGGAGUCUGCAAGCAUGA